GUGAAAAUUGAGAACCAGCAUGAUUUCCAGGACAUUGUAAGUGUGGUAGCCAUGGCCAAAACGUAUGUCACGACAGAAAGUUUUGUGGACUCCAAAUACGACAUCCGAAUCCAGAAAAUAGGCAACAAUUACAAAGCUUACAUGAGGACAUCGAUCUCUGGAAACUGGAAAGCAAACACAGGUUCUGCCAUGUUGGAACAGAUCGCCAUGACUGAGAGCCUCCAUCAUUGAAAUCCCAAAUGUCAGGACCACAUCUUGGACAGUUUUCCCAACCCCGACCACCACCUCAAGGUGGCCCAUGGCAGCCUCAAGGAUCACAGCCCAUACAGCCAGGAGCCCCGCCACAGCAAAGGCUGUCCCCACAGGGUCAGCAACCUCUGAGCCCUCAGUCCACCUCAUCACAGCAGCAGAAGUCACCUGGAUCUCCCCAGCAAACUAGAUCAUCUUCAGGAAGCUCACCAAGUCAGCCUUCCAAAUUAGGCACGUUUCCUGCCCAGCAACCUCGGCCUCCGGCACAAGGAUGGGCUCCUGGCCAAGGAUUCAGUGAACCUUCUAAGCAGCAUCCUCAUCUAAACAAAUCACAAUCCUUGACAAACACCUUCAACAUCUCAGAAUCUUCACAGCGAGGUAUCACAAACGAAGAUGAGGCAAAGGCUGAAACCAUCCGCAACCUGAGAAAGUCAUUUGCUAGCCUGUUUUCUGAUUAGCGUCACAAUCCAACCUUAGAGCAAUUUUGGAUAUUUGGGUCUUCUUUUCUUGCAUAUUCCUCACUCAUUUUAUAGUUCCCUAUACAAAUUUGUGUUUAAAUGUAUCGGUCAUUAUAGUUUCUUGUAUGUAUUCCUAUAUUCAGCAAAGGGGAAAAAAUCAAGAGAGAAUUCAAUCUGCCUCCCUGUGAUCUGGAUCCUAUUGGCGUCUAAACUUAACAGAACUAACAGAAAGCAAAUACAUGUCCAUCAUCACCUACACGCAGAGGUCAUCUCAUGCACAAUCAGGCCUAUAGAAUGCUGCAGUGCAUAUAAACUGCCUUGAACACUUGCUGUGCCAUUUACGGCAGAUGUGCAGAAAAGAGGCAAAUGAGGUGAAACAUAUAAUCAUCUCCCUCAAUGUUCAUUUAUCUUAACUCUUUUUAUCUACUAGCAUGAUUCUUCAUGUCUUUUAUAAGUCAGUUUUAGUUUACUUUUUUAAAAACUCAAUUAUGAAACUACUACUCAGAAAAUGUGUUAUCUGUUACAUCCUCUUCAAAUCCAGAAUUAUUCUUUCUCAAUUCAAUUUUACUGGACUAAAUUAUUUUAAUUCUUAGGUAGCACACAACUGAAGCAUUUUACUUUGGUUGGUUAUACAAUCAGGAUGAAAUCCAUUCUGAUUCCCAGGUGCAAUAGUAUAGAGAGAUCAUUUGGCAUUAAAAUCCUUCGCUUGCUCUGUUACAAUGGUGCAAUUUGCCCAAGACCUAGUAUCAACUGUCCUAUUCCAAAGUAAUAAAUUAAACUAUAAUGGCGUAGGUCUUUACACUGAAGUACCAUGUAUGGAAACGAAUACACAGGUCUUGAACUGUAUCAGCAUGCCAGAAUUCAUAUUUAGAGCUGUGUAUCAUGCAUUUCAGAAAAAGAUAAUUGAAGCAAAGAUCUUUGAUCCCAGCCUCAAAGUUCUCCCCAAUAUCAGUAUCCAAAUUACGCAGUAUACCAUAACAUUUUUAGCCACCCAAGUCAGGAUACAAAUGAAGUGUUAAAAGAGAUGAGGAAAAUAUGAGUUCCGUUGCAAAAAUUUUAGAGAUUUCUCACUUUAAGCAUUGAUAUGAUCCAUCUCCUUUUACUUUUAUCUAUGCAAAACUGAUGCAAAUGGGACAUGGCAUUAUGUGUGCAUUUGCUGUAUAUAGAUUGUACAGCAGGCAUGUCCAACCCGCAUGUGGCCCUAGACAGCUAGUAAUGCAGCCCCACAAGAUUGUAAAUUUUUAACAUUGUGAUUUAUAUACAUUAACUACCGUUUUAUAUGCGGCUCAAGACAAUUCUUCACUCAAUUCAGGCUAGGGAAGCCAAAGGUUGGACACCCAUGCUCUAGAGCCGUGAUGGCAAACCUAUGGCAUGUGUCACAGGUGGCACAGAGCCCUCUCUGUGGACAUGCAAGCCAUC